AUGGCUCCAGGGAGAGAGCAAUUUCAUCAGCCAUUUUCCACACCCACACCACACCCCCCCCCAAAAAAAAAAAAAAAACACUACGAAGCUCAAGAGAGCAAAUGGGCGAAGAGGCAAACUCAGCUACAGAGCAUACCCAAGUCGACAAGGCCGACUAUUGAGAACACUGAAGCGCUCCUCCAAGCUGCUAGAUAUGAUGACAUUGAUGAUAUCAUAAGCUUGGAAUCUGCUGGUGUUUCUCUUUAUUCCAAGGAUUCACAGGGACGAACAGCCCUUCACAUGGCUGCAGCCAAUGGACAUCUUGGCAUUGUGGAUUAUCUCGUCAGCAGAGAACGGGAUGUCAAUGCUUCUAAUGAGGAGAAGAACACACCUCUUCAUUGGGAUUGUCUCAAUGGACAUAUUGAGGUGGUUAAAUUAUUGAUUCUGGCUGGAGCAAAUGUAAGCAUGUUAAACAGCCACGAGCGGACUCCAAUGGAUGAAGCUGUGAGUAGGGGAAAGAUGGAUGUCAUUGACGCAAUUAAUGCAGCAGCAGCACAAGUUGAGCAUGGUAAUGUCCCAGUUUCCUAA